AGAAACAUGGAGGACACCGCUGGCAGUAAUCCACAAUCGCUCGGAUUUACAGAGAAAUUAAAGUCUUGGCUCUCUUGGUCAUGGACCUACGUGUGCUUCAUUUGGUUCGGCAUGGUGCUGAUCAUGAUAUACGUUCUGUGGAGCCCGCUGAAACUGCAGGAAUCUCUUACCUCAGCCUCAGUGUUUUUGAAUACACUGACCCCCAAAUUCUAUGUGGCUCUCACUGGAACCUCUUCUCUCAUCUCUGGACUCAUCCUUAUAUUUGAAUGGUGGUAUUUUCGUAAAUAUGGGACUUCGUUCAUCGAACAAGUGUCAGUGAGUCACUUGCGUCCUCUUCUGGGUGGAGUGGAGAGCAGCUCCACCACCGGUCUGUUCGCAUCAGUUAACGGAGAGGCGGAGCCGAGGCCCAGUGUUUCAGAGUGUAAGGUCUGGAGGAACCCUUUGAAUCUGUUCAGAGGAGCAGAGUACAACAGGUACACCUGGGUAACCGGGAAGGAGCCCUUAACAUACUAUGAUAUGAACCUGUCUGCUCAAGACCACCAGACCUUCUUCACGGGAGACACUCCGCAGUUAAGACCAGAAGAUGCUGUGAUGCAGAAAGCCUGGAGGGAGAGAAAUCCACAAGCCAGGAUCAGAGCAGCUUACCAGGCCAUAGAAAUGAACCAUGAAUGUGCUGCCGCCUAUGUGCUGUUAGCAGAGGAAGAAGCCACAACCAUCACAGAAGCUGAGCGCCUCUUCAAAAAAGCACUAAGUAUUGCUGGAAAAGAUAUCAAUUUACUGGUGUACAUUAAACGCAGACUGGCAAUGUGUACACGCAAGCUGGGCCGGAUUAAAGAAGCGGUGAAAAUGAUGAGAGAUUUAAUGAAGGAGUUCCCCCUUUUGGGAAUGUUAAAUAUACAUGAAAACCUCCUGGAGGCACUUCUAGAGCUUCAGGCAUACGCCGAUGUCCAAGCAGUCCUCGCCAAAUAUGACGACAUCAGCUUGCCGAAAUCAGCCACUAUAUGCUACACAUCUGCACUGUUGAAAGCACGAGCUGUAUCGGAUAAGUUCUCUCCAGAGGCGGCGUCACGGCGAGGGCUAAGCACAGCGGAGAUGAACGCUGUGGAGGCCAUACACAGAGCUGUUGAGUUCAAUCCACACGUGCCAAAGUACUUAUUGGAGAUGAAGAGCCUGAUCCUCCCUCCGGAACACAUCUUGAAGAGGGGCGACAGCGAGGCGGUGGCGUACGCCUUCUUCCACCUGCAGCACUGGAAGAGGGCCGAGGGAGCCUUAAACCUGCUCCACUGCACCUGGGAGGGCACCUUCCGGAUAAUUCCCUACCCUCUGGAGAAGGGUCACCUGUUCUACCCCUACCCAGGAUGCACAGAAACAGCAGAUAGGGAGCUGCUGCCCUCGUUCCACGAGGUGUCCGUGUACCCAAAGAAAGAGCUUCCCUUCUUCAUCCUCUUCACAGCAGGCCUUUGCUCCUUCACUGCCAUGCUGGCCAUGCUCACGCAUCAGUUUCCUGAGCUCAUGGGUGUCUUCGCCAAAGCAUUCUUCAGCACACUCUUUGCGCCCCUGGGUUUCUUCGCAGACAAGAUGGAAAGCUUCAUGCCGUCCAGUUUUUGGCACCAGCUGACACAAAUCUGACCCCAUCUCUCUCUCUCACACACACACACACACACACCAAUGCCACUCCAGACCCUCAGACAAAAAAAGUGUUUGCUCUCCUGUCUUCAGCAUUACUGUCCACUUGCUGCAUUGUUACUGAUUAUGUUGGCUGAGGUUGUAUCAACACGGCAAAAGCACUCUUGAGAUGCCCUCCCACGCGGUUCCAGCGGCCAGAGCUUUUCCAAGAGCACAUUUAGUGAAUCCCAUCUGCAACGAUUCCACGCGUUCAUCCGUCAUCAUGUUAUCCCGCCGCAAAACGCUGCUUUUUAAGGGAUCCCACAAAGGGCACGGUGCAAAACUUAACCGAGGAGUUUGUGAGAGGCCCUCUCGUCGCCCAUCACAAUAGUCAUUAAAUCACGAAAGAAAUGAACUACUGUCAAGUCAGAUGAGUUAGUUGUAACCAGUGUGUUGCACAACAGGAAAUAGAAACUACAACAGUUUGUACGUUCAGGAUGUCCCUUGUAUGAUAUGUUUACCAAUAUGAUCCUAUUCCUCUCUUUUCCCUGUUCAAUUACCUGUCGCAAACGACCCCAUUGGACAUUUGGGAUGGGACCCGAUGCGUCCCUCGUCCGCCCUCGGUGCGCCACAGACGGCCAGCGGGGCAGAUUCAACCGUCUGUAAGGCCUCCGGAAAAACCGGAGCUGUGAUUUACAGCCUCGGAGUGCCUGCAGUGUAUACAACGCCUCUGCAGCCCAGCAGUUGUUACCAUGGCAUGACACCUCUGCACUACAUCACUGGGGCAACCGUCGCCCCGGCAACAUUGAAAUGUAAAUGGGCGAAUGUUACGAGUCGGCGCGUUCGUCAACUUCUCAAACGGACAAAAAAACGAAAAAUGAAAGACGACGCGCGCCGCCGUGCUGAGAAUGGACUGAGGCGAAGUAACGGUCGCUGUAACGCAGUCGCUCUGAAUGCAGAGGAACAUUUGACGAUGGGCAAAAUGAUCAUUGGUUCUUCUGUAUCUGGUUUAGUUUGGACUUUAUUCAAAGAUUUACUCAUCCCUGUUUUACCAAGCGUAGGAGGCCAGCAUCUCCUUGUUGUAAAGUAUAAUGUAAUAACCUGUCGGAAACAAAUGUGCCUGGUUUAAAAAUGAAUUUUAAAAAAAUAAAUGUAAAAUAUAAUCCUGUUAUGUAUGUAAACAUGUAAUGAUUGAAGCUUAUUGAAAACAAAAAACAUUAAUUGUUGCACCUCUUGGUGAAGAAUAAGAAACAUCCCAAAUUGUUUAUUACAUUAACAGGUCUAUUACAUUUUAACUUAAGGCAGACCUGUUUACUUUAUUUGGUCAAGUUCUGUUACUUGAUAGUUAUUACAUUAUGGUUACAACAUUAUUACGACAACAAUGCAGAGCCCUAGUGUGUACUUUAAGUGACAUCAUGCUUACAAAUCUUCACUCUACGUGUCAUAAAACGUGUGAUAAUAAAGUGCCUUUAAGUACAUCACAAUAGUGUAAGGAAUACAUAAAACGAUUGAACUAUUGUGUAAUUUUUGCAUUUACUGCUCCUACAAUAUUCAUGUCGAGUUGAGUGGCAACUGUUCAAUUUUGAUGGAUUCAAUUUGAUAAAUAGAUGCCUUCAAAUGUAAUGUGUAACAGAAUUGUUGAUUGUGCAGUGAUUAUGAUUAUUAGACACAGCAAGUCGAGGGCGAGCUGGUGGUGAUGUAAUAACACAUGAACGUGUGUGUUACGGUAUGUUGCAAAGUUGGAUUAUGAUUUUAAUAACCCUUCCCCCCUCUGAACUACAAAGAUUCUGUUUCGCGCCUCACUCUGGUUUGUAAUCUGUCUGUUUAAAUUCGUGACAUUUUAUAGCGUACAAACCGAAAUGUAAGAGUACUUGCUGAAGACGGGAGAGUGUUUGAACAAGUGUAACUUCCCUUGGAUGAGUUUAGAAGCAAAACUCGCAAAUAAAAUUCUCCUUCAGUGCAA